AUGGCCAUGCUCCUACCGACGAUCACCGAGCGAGACACUUUCACCUCCCAGAGUACUGACUUAGAGCCAGAUAUAGAAUGGAAGAAUACAACCAUCAAACAGAUCGAGGCGUUGUUGCGGCCGGCGGUGGAUGAAGCGAAAGCGCAGAGGGACAGAGGGCUGGGCAUAUAUCCCUUGGACGAUGCUACGAGGGAGAAGAUCUGCAAGGAAUACGACAGGACUAUUGAGGGCAUCAGGCGUCUGGCGCAGGAGCAGCUUAUGCACGCACUGGAGCAGGAGAGGCAAACGCGUCGGUGGGCGGCAGGCGGCCCCUUGGAUGUGGGUUGGAACGAGACGCUGGCUCGCGAGCAGCUCGGAAUCCUGGACGGUAUAAAGAGAAAGGGGAGUGUGCAACAGCAUGAUCUCAGUGUUGUCCAACACUCCGUUGAUGACCAGAACAGAGACACCACUGACGGACCAUCGAGAAAGCGCAAAGAAGCUGAGAAUAGACUGAAAGAGGCGGAGGCAAGGAGAAGAGACGAUGAGAUCAGACGCAAGGAGCAGGAAUCGAGACGUAAGGAGCAGGAGGUUAAUAUGAAGGAAGAGGAGACCCGUAGGAAAGAGAAAUACGUCAAGAGGAGAGAGGAGGAACUGCGUAGGCGUGAGGAAGACUUGGUCCGCAGGGAGCAAGAGGCUAUAUUGAAGGGGCAGGAUGAGGAUUUCCUCAAGCAGCAGGAGGAGAUGUUCCGUCGUGCCGCCGAAGAGAGGAAGAGGCAAGAUAGCAUGGGCAGCACUUCUGACAUCAGUCGACCCACGGCAGGACGUUCCCAUGCUUCGGUACCUCCUUCGAAUCCGUGGCCAAUUCCCAAGAGCAGCAGCACGGCCUCUUCCUCGAGUUGGACGAGUUCAGCCUCUGGAUGGUCUUCGUCCGGGCGCUCUAACGGCUCCGCCUAUACCCAGACCUCGAAACCCAGUUACGCCCCCAGCACGCCUACUGCCACAUCUAGUCACACUGCCAGCACACCCUCUCCCAGUAUGAAGCCUCCUCCGCAGGGAAGAUCGACGGGUGGUUCAACGCCGACACAAAAGCAGAAGCAAGAGGAGGUGAAACAGAAGGAGGCAGAAGCAAAACGCAGAGAGGCUGAGGCAAAACGGAAGGAAGAGGAGAAACGGCUGGAAGCCGAGGCAAAAUGGAAGGUGGCUGAGGCUAAACGAAAGGAGGAGGAGGCGAGACGUGUAGCGGAGGAAGCCAGACGGAAAGAGGAGGAAGCCAGACGAAUAGCACAGGAGGCGAAGCGCAUGGCGGAGGAGGAGAGACGGAAGGAGGAGGAGAGAAAGCGCAAAGAAGCUGAGAAUAGACUGAAAGAGGCGGAGGCAAGGAGAAGAGACGAUGAGAUCAGACGCAAGGAGCAGGAAUCGAGACGUAAGGAGCAGGAGGUUAGCAUGAAGGAAGAGGAGACCCGUCGGAAAGAGGAAGACAUCAAGAGGAGAGAGGAGGAACUGCGUAGGCGUGAGGAAGACUUGGUCCGCAGGGAGCAAGAGGCUAUAUUGAAGGGGCAGGACGAGGAUUUCCUCGAGCAGCAGGAGGAGAUGUUCCGUCGACGGUUGGCCACGGUACUACUCCGCGACCGUCACACCCAUCAUAGCAUCAUUACCGACAGUCAAUGA